UGGUACGAGUGAGCAACGACACACGUCAAAUUCGUAGCUGUACUGUAGACGUACCUUCAACUAACAUAGCCGUAACUACGCGCUGUGAUACAAUGAAGAUAGGACGGUCAUUGUUCUUCGUGCUUGCUGUGGUAAUUUCUUGUUAUUUUGAUCUAGCUUGCUGUCUUCCAACAAACUCGAAAGUUGUAGCAUGCAAGGGAAUCAAACUCACCAAGGUUGGUUGCUACAAGGACAGCAUGAAGAAACCUCGACCCUUACCACAGCUGAUGUUUACCGAUCGUGACGCGACUAGCCCUGUUUAUAGCGGCGUCCUCAUCAAUUGGAGAAGGUGGAAUGAGUACAUGGUAGAUCUUAUCUGUAGAUGUGCUGCAAAGUCUCUGUCGAAAGGUUAUAAUAAGAUUGGAUUGCAAUAUUAUGGGGAAUGCUGGUCGGGACCAAACAGUGCUACAUCAAGAUACGCACGUGACGGUCCAUCCAAGCACUGUAUUACUUUCAGUGGCGAACCAUGUAAAGCAGGUCUUGAUUGUAUUGGCGAAGAUAAAACUAAUUUUGUAUACGAAGUUAAGAAAGAUACAACUACUGGUUCACCAACGAGGAAACCAACCACGAAAAAAACCACGACCAAACGUACAACUACACCAAAAAAACCUACUCCUUCAAAGACUCCAUCACCAACUCCAUCUCCAACUCCAUCACCAACUCCUUCACCAACUCCAUCACCAACUCGUUCACCUUCGCCUUCGCCUACUCCUUCUUCUUCUCCUUCUCCCACGCCUUCCGGGUCAGCCACAAGUACACCAAAAAGACCUAACACCCAGCCUACUUCAUCAAAUCCAUGUCAAACAUCUAGUUGUUCAAACACGGGACAACAGAGUCAGCCACAGUAUCCGUGUCAAUACCCUCCAUGUCUGCAACAACCUGUUGUAUAUCCUGCAGUACCUAAUGGAUGUCCUCAGGCGCAAUGCCCUGUUCAGUGCGCUCCACAGUGCACUCUAAGCUGUUGUAACUCCUGGAAAUAGCGAUUGCCGUUAUUAACGUAAUGGACUACUUCAACGAUGUGGCGGCCAUCUUGAAUCGCAAGGCAUCAUGGGUCGCCCUGGGGGUAAAACAAAACAAAGAUGUCGAAAUGACAACCCACGAUAUUUGAGAAAUUUCCUAAGUUGUGCAACUGUUCAUUUAUUUUAAUUCAUCUCUUGUCAAAUUGUCUUGUUGUGAACCGUUAAUGUCAACUCUACGCCAUUAUUGUAACAAAGCUUUGUAUAUUUGCUCCCAGGACGGCCGAUGAUGCCUUGUGAUUCAAGAUGGCCGCGGCAUUUUCGAAGUAGUCCAUAACUCAUUGUAAAACGCCUUAGAACAUAUCCAUGUGGAAAAGAGCGCUAUAUAUAUAAUCAUAAUCAAAUUCAUAAUUCUGUAAACACGAGAAAAAUAAAAAAUUAAACGCUAUUUAUAACUUCA